AUGGCGGAAGAUUCCCCCGACAUCCGGCCCUCGACGCCCAACUGGAACGGCGCCGAUACACCAGAGCGCCCCUCGCUCAGCCGCACGAGUAGCUCACUCUCUGGCAUCUUGAGCAAGGGAGCAGAACGCGUCGGCGAGGAUUGGGCCGAGGGCCCACUCCUCCUCCUUGACCUUCUUCGCGCCUUGAACCAUACGGCACCAGAGGCAAUGCUUUGUUCCGCCUCAUCAGCUGAGAAGUAUUUGCACAAGCUGACACCAGACUCCCGCCUUGAUCUCUGGGAGCGCAAGCUGAAAGAGUCGUCCAAGAAGCUGCGUCAGAAGGCGGGGUCGAUGAUCCCGCGCGGCCUGCGCACGCCAAAGGGCUCGAUGCUGCUGCUCGACGAUGACGACGACACCCACCUCUCGACGCGGGACAAGGACGCCAAGCGCAAGAUGCUCACGACCGUGUACCGGCAGGACGUUGAGCGCGAGGUGAACCGCGUCAAGAGCAUUCUGAACUCGAAGAUCAAUGCGGCGAGCGCAAAGUGGAAGAGCGCCAAAGUCGUCAGGACAAGGGAGAAGGUUUCAUUCGAGUUUGGCGUCCUCACCGUCGCGUUCACGGGCUUCCUCCUCGGUCGUGCGCCGGAAUGGAUCCCCUUCGCGUACACUGUCCAGGUCGCUUUCCACCUCGCUAUCCGCGCGUACACGUAUAAGAAGAAGGAGUGGCACUACUUCCUGUUUGGUCCCCUCGCUUCUGCCGUCAUCACUUGGCGCAACUCGCUCGUCUUCCACUCGCUCGACAAGGUGACCUCGCUCUUCAUUCACAUCUACCCGCCGAUCGUCUUCACCGACAUCCUGUUCACGUACCGCGGCGCAAACAUCCGGUAUCCUGCGCUGAACGGACUGGACAACUACACGUGGUGGCAGAAGGUGCUCUGCGCGGCGGUGCCGUACUGCAUCUGGCAGGGCUUGUACUGGAAGUUCAUCUUUGUUGACCGCAAGGACAAGAUUGAGAGCGGCGCCCGCCAGUCGAGCUUCAACUACCUCCUGAACGACAAGCAUGGUCCCAUCGGCCGCGCCCUCCGCGCCGUCAAGCCCGCGCACCGCGAACUGUGGUUCAUCUUUGGCCAGUUUGUGUACAGCAUCAUCUUCAUGAUCCCGGCAGCCACGAUCCUGAUGCACUCGCACACGGCGUCAGACCUCGUGAUUAUCCUCCUCUUCGUGGUCGCGGUCUGGAACGGCGGCAACUUCUACGUCGAGGUCUUCGGCCGCAAGUUCGAGAAGGAGCUCAACGUGCUCCAGCGCGAGAUGGAGGCGCUCACGCAAACCAUUGCCUCCACGCCCUCCACGCCACACACGGAUAUGACCGCAGACAGCGCGGCACACGACCCGCGCCCCGCCGCAACUGUUGGUUCGGGAUCGGGUUCGCGCGACGCCGACGCGGACGCGGACGCCGACACAGCGGACGUCGGCACGCCGAUCGACUAUGACGCCAAGCCGAAACAUGCCGCGCACGCGGACCGCGUCGACCAGGAGGUGAAGCAGCGCAAGGGCACGGGACUCGAGAACUCGCCCCUCGUCCUCCCGCAGGCGGAGACGAGCGAGCCGCCAGAGAUCAAGCUGGACGGGAAGAAGGAGGUGUAG